AUACGCAACCGCGGAGAGGGGGUGUUGGCUCAGGGAAGGCAGAUGGGGCGACAAGGACAAGCCGCUGCCCAGGCCCAAAUUCUUUCAAUUGGUCCCGAGUCUUCAGUCUGUUGACAACAUGGCAUCUCCUGCUGCUGUGUUCAAUGCUUCCGUCUUUCGGAAAGCAAAUGUGUGCAUCGGGUUGAACACCGUUUUCAGAGGUGCUUCGAGAUGUUUUGCAUCAGCUACAAAGUCAAAGGGUCCCAAAUUUGAUUGGGAGGAUCCAGUGAAUUUGGAGUCACAAUUUACUGAAGAAGAAAUACUUGUGAGGGACCAAUGCCGUGCUUAUUGCCAGGAAAAGCUAAUGCCCCGCAUAACCAUGGCUAAUCGCAAUGAGAGCUAUGACAAGGAAAUUAUGAGGGAGAUGGGUUCAAUAGGUUUGCUAGGGUCAACACUGCAAGGCUAUGGAUGUGCUGGUGUUUCUUCAGUGGCUUACGGCAUUGCUGCAAGAGAGGUGGAAAGAGUAGACAGUGCUUACCGUUCUACAAUGAGUGUACAGUCAUCUCUCGUAAUGGGCCCAAUUUAUCAUUAUGGUUCUGAAGAACAGAAAGAGAAAUACCUUCCUAGGCUCGCGAAAGGCGAAUUAAUAGGUUGUUUUGGCCUAACUGAGCCUGAUCAUGGGAGUGAUAUUGGUACAAUGGCAUCUAAAGCUGUAUAUAACAAAGAAAGGAAAUCCUACACUCUUAAUGGCAGCAAAACUUGGAUCACCAACUCCCCCAUAGCAGACAUUAUUGUUGUGUGGGCGCGUACAGAGGAUGGGAAAGUUCGGGGUUUCAUAAUUGAACGAGAAAAUGCCAAAGGCUUGAGCACUCCUCGUAUAGAAGGAAAAUUUUCUUUGCGUGCAUCUCCUACAGGCAUGAUUCUUAUGGAUAAUGUGGAAAUUCCUGAAGGAAAUAUGCUUCCAGGAGCUGAGGGCAUGAGAGGCCCCUUCUCUUGUUUGAACAAUGCUAGAUAUGGAAUAAGCUGGGGAGCAUUGGGAGCAGCAGAAUUUUGCUUUGCUGCAGCUCGUCAGUAUACACUUGAUCGAGUACAAUUUGGUAAACCCCUGGCUGGAACUCAACUGAUGCAGAAGAAGAUGGCUGAUAUGCUUACUGAAAUAUCAAUUGGCCUUACCACUUGUUUACAUCUUGGUCGUCUGAAAGAUAAAGGAAUGUUGUGUCCUGAAAUGGUUUCAAUCGUGAAGCGUAAUUCUUGUGGAAAAGCUUUAGACAUAGCUCGCACAGCUCGUGACAUGCUUGGAGGAAAUGGUAUUUCCGAUGAAUAUCACAUCAUUCGUCAUUGCAUGAACUUGGAGGCAGUCAACACUUAUGAAGGAACUCAUGAUGUUCAUGCUCUUGUGUUGGGCCGUGCUAUAACAGGACUUCAAGCUUUUUGAUUGUGGUUAUAUUUUAUGCAAUAGAUAAUAUAAUAAAUCAUUCCUUCAUGUACUCUGAAAUGUGAUAUUUAUGUUAUCAGUGUAAUUGUUUUACCAAAGGAGUAUUUUAAUUACUGUGCAUUAAAUUUUAAUUUCAUUUUUUAAAACAGAAAUACAUCUGAUUAGAUAAAAUGUAAGAAAGUUGCUUCUCCAUUUUUUAAACGGACCCGUUUCUGCCAGACAGUUGGGGCGCGCGGGGGGGAGGGCGUCAUGGUUCAACACCACCUGUUGAGCAGCUCCACACCCACGCCCGGGUACCAGAGCAACAAUGGACACCUUGCUCUCUGAGUAGUCAGCCCCCCGCGCGCGCUGCCCAGCGCUCAUGCCAAAAAUUGUGUUCAAUUAUAAAAGUAAUGAUUAAUAUGCUAAUUCAAAAAAAAUAUCACGCAAAAAGACACAUCAAGAACAAUAACAAUGCAGCGAGCAGGCAUGAAAUGCCUACAUGGCGUCCAAAAGCAGAUUGUACAAGUGAGAGGGCGCUAUGACGCGGCGCAAACUUCUGUAUUCAAAAAAUAUUGCUCGAAACUAUAAAAUAGAAAAAAUUCUUAACUAAGGGUCCGUUUAUGGUUAACAAGAAUUGUUAACGUUUUUUUCUCCUCAUUAAAAAUUUAAUCUAACUUCAA